UGCGCGAUCUUGGGAAAUUAUGAAUUUAAGAAGAUGAAAAAAACAAACUGAGCAGUGAUUUGACCAGUUUCAUCGCUCAUGAACGGACUUGCGUCCUUUUUAUUUCGACCGGACUUCUUGAAUCCAAGGAAACAUGGGGUUAUCUCGAAAUGAAACGAUAAUUUGGACGGAAGAGCACACGAACGACACGACCAACACUUUUGGUCCGGAGGUAGUGAUUGUGCCCGUCAUAUUUGGAUGUAUAUUUUUCUUGGGAAUCAUUGGGAACACUCUGGUGAUUGUUGUCAUUGGGAAAAUAAAGUCGAGGCGUUCGAGAAGUACCACUAACAUUUUCAUCCUCAAUCUCAGUAUAGCAGACUUAUGUUUUCUCCUGUUUUGCGUCCCUUUUCAGGCCACCAUAUACUCCCUUCCCGAGUGGAUCUUCGGGGCGUUUCUGUGUAAAUUCGUGCACUAUUUUGUCAUGGUCAGCAUGCUGGUGAGCAUUUUCACGCUCGUGGCCAUGUCCGUGGACAGGUACAUUGCCGUUGUUCUCUCCAAAAAGUCCCCGUGCAUUCGUAACCGGAGGAAUGCGCUCAUUGGCGUUUGUGUCAUUUGGAUGCUUUCCUUUGUCUUUGCAGUCCCGGUUGCGCAGCGCCAAAUUUUGACGGAUCACCCCAAGGCGCCCAACAGCUCUUUCUGUUGGGAGAUAUGGACCGAAUGGAUGGCUAAGCACACAUAUAAAGUAACCAUUUUAGUGAUAGGUUAUCUGUUACCGCUGGUUUUGAUCACAUGCUGUUAUACCAAGGUAUUGUAUCAUCUUCAUAAAAAGAUGAAAAAUAUGUCCAAGAAGUCUGAACAUUCAAAGCGAAAGACAGCUCAGACGGUGUUGUUGGUUGUCGCUGCUUUUCUCAUCUGCUGGAUGCCACAUCACAUCAUAGCUAUGUGGGUAGAGUUUGGCCAGUUCCCCCUGAAUGAUGCUUCCUUCGCCUUUCGCAUCAUCUCUCACUGCCUGGCCUAUGGAAACUCCUGCGUCAACCCCAUUCUUUAUGCCUUCCUCUCUGAAAACUUCAGAAAAGCCUGCAAGCAGGUCUUCACAUGCCAUAUUUUUUACUCUCCUCCACCUGUGGGGAAAGUGGUGCGCAUUCGCAUGGAGAACUUCUCCACAACACAUUCUACCACUAACAUUUGAGACUUGUUAGAGAAUAAACAUGUCAGCACUGUUUAGAAAUAAAUAAAAAGGGCAAAAUUUGCUUUGUUUCUGCUACAUUUUUCUUCUGAGGUGUGACUAAGAUAGUAUAGAUAAGUUGAUUUGUUUUCAAGUUACCUUGAGAAAGAAAAAGCCCAUAUAAUGCCUCAAUUCAUCAUGUAUCAAAGGCAUUUGCUUGUAAAAAAAUAAUGUGAACUCUUUAGAAAAUGUUACAAAGUCAUUUAAAUUAACUUUUGUUUUGUUAAUGUUCAAUGUGUGAAAAUUAUGUCAUCAUUUACUCGCCGUCAAGUUGUUUCAAAUGCGCAUGACUUUUUCCUCUGUAGAACACUAAAGACAGAAUGUUAAGGACUUACAAACUCAGUCACCUUUUACUUUCAGUGCAUAUUUUUCCAUACAAUGAAAGUGAGUAAUUACUUAGGCUAACAUUCUGCUUAACAUCUGCUUUUGUGUUUCACGGAAAAAGUUGUACUGGUUUAGCGAAACGUGAGGGUAACUAAAUAAAGACCGAAUUUUCAUUUUGUGGUGAACUAUCGCUUUAAUGUUUUUGAAAAUAAUUAAAACCUCUGUUGCAAUUUAGAGCUACUUUAUCAUAGGAUAUUUUGAGAGUAUGUUUGAAAGAAUGACUCUUCAAGAACAUGACUGCGUAUGAACCGUAAUAGUAUUCUGAACAUCAUUUUACAGUGUUUGUGUGGGAUUUUAACAAACUUGGCUUUAAACUGCACGAUUCAAUUGUACGAAGUAAUUAUGUACUUCAGUAACAUUGGUUUACAUGUAUUAUGUCCAGCCUUAUGGUUAUACUGUAUAUUCAUUAUUAAAACUAAUAGUAUUCAAGG